AUGGAUGAAUCUAUGGGUACAGAACAACCUGAAAACCUGAAAGAUUAUGCUGUACGUGCUCUUGUUAAUGCUGUUGAUCACCUUGGCACUGUGGCUUACAAGUUAACUGAUCUUCUUGAGCAGCAAACAUUGGAAGUGUCAACCAUAGAGCUAAAAGCAUCUUGUUUAAAUCAGAAACUUCUUACAUGCCAAACAUACACGGAUAAAGAAGGUCUCAGGCAGCAGCAGUUGUUGGCAUUUAUCCCAAGACAUCACAAGCAUUACGUUUUACCAAAUUCUGCCAGCAAGAAGGUACAUUUUCGUCCUCAGUUACCAACAGAUGCUAGGCAAAACUAUUUUCAGGCUAAAUCUCGUCUUCAGCCUUCGGAUACUCCUGCAUCAAAAACUCUUUCGUGGCAUUUAUCCUCAGAAACUACUUUGAAAGGGACUUCACAACCUUUAGCCAGCAAUGAAAUUUCAAAACCUUCUGUUGCCACUUCUGAGGUUUUCCAAUUAGUGGAAAAUGGAGAUAAUGCAAGGACAAAGUCAGCAGCAGCAGCACCUUUUCCUGCUUCUAAUGAGCAGGUGCCAUCAUUGGGUAUCAUACAAAGGGAAUUAGAAGGUUUCAAACCUUUGACAGCAUUCAGGUCAUUCGGCAACCCAAAUCGUCAGAUUGUACGUGCACCUGUUAGGAGCAAAAGCGUGCUGUCAGCUUUCUUUGUUAAACAACAAGCAAUGAAGCUAAAGGCUGGAUAUGUUGCAUGAAUCUCCUUUAAAACG